CCAUAACAAAACUACACCUAUCAAUUCGAAUACAAAACAUUGCAAGUCUCCUACAAGAUGUCCCAUAUGAUGCACAAGGUGAAGGAGGCCUUGACUGGCCACCAUGGUGACUCCAGCACAACGAACCAUGGGCCCCAUGACUCCAAGGCUGCCAACAAGGUCGACCCUCGCGUCGAUAGCGACCGUGACAACCGCGCUCAACAUGAGGCCAUGGGGGGCACUGCUGGUCCUCAUACAUCUGACACUGCCAACAAGCUCGAUCCUCGUGUAGACAGCGACAGAGACAACCGUGGAAACACUGCUGGCACCUAUGGUAGCAGCAACACCUACGAAACCACUAGCAAUACCUACGGAUCUAGCAACACUUAUGAAAACACAAGCAGCAAUGCUGGUCCUCAUGGAUCCAACGUUGCCAACAAACUUGACCCCCGCGUCGACAGCGACAAAGACAACCGUGCUCGCCACGAAGCUAUGGGAGGCACUGCCGGCCCUCACAGCUCCAACAUUGCCAACAAGCUAGACCCUCGUGUGGACAGUGACAAGGACAACCGUGGUGCUACCUCCGGCGGCUACGGCACAGGUACUACUGCUGGCAACACUUACGGCAGCGCCAGCUCCAACGUCGGCCCCCACGACUCCAACAUUGCCAACAAGCUCGACCCCCGGGUUGACUCCGACGCGGACAACCGUGCCCGUCACUCUGCCAUGGGCGGCACCGCCGGGCCCCACGGAUCCGACAUUGCGAACAAGCUCGAUCCCCGCGUCGACAGCGACAAAGAUAACCGUGGUCUGGGUACUGGCACCGGCACUGGAACGACGGGCUACGGCACCACUUCCUCCAAUGUUGGACCUCACGACUCCAACAUUGGCAACAAACUCGACCCUCGUGUGGAUAGUGACCAGGACAACCGCGCUCGCCACCAGGCUAUGGCUGGAAGCAGCUACACUGGCGCUGGCGCUGGUACUGGUGCUGGAACCACGGCUGGUCCUCAUGGCUCCAACGUCGCGAACAAGCUCGACCCUCGUGUCGAUUCCGACUUGGACAACAGUGCCACCGCAGGAACCCAGCGUGGCUUCUAAGCGAUGGGUAAUGGAUGAGAAUGAUAUUUGAUAAUGCUUAAUCCUUUGCGAUGGAAUGACUUUGAUACCAUGAAAUUGCACGAUUGAUGACUCUUAUGAUUUCGGCCUUGUAUUAUCAAACUUUGAUAGUCUGCUACAAUGAUACUUUUCG